GCCUCGCGCGCCCCACGCCUUCCGUCCCUCCGGGGCCUCGCGCGCGCGCAGCCGCCCACCCCUCCGCCGCCGUCGUUGUUGCCCCUCGAGCCAGCGGCGCCAUGUCUUCGCCUCCAGAAGGGAAGCUGGAGACCAAAGCUGGACACCCGCCCGCCGUGAAAGCCGGCGGAAUGCGGAUUGUGCAGAAACACCCACACACGGGAGACGGGAAGGAAGAAAAAGACAAAGAUGAGCAAGAAUGGGAAAGCAGCAGCCCGCCUAAACCAACAGUGUACAUCUCCGGUGUUAUUGCCCGGGGUGACAAAGACUUUCCCCCAGCGGCUGCACAAGUGGCCCACCAGAAGCCGCACGCCUCCAUAGACAAACAUGUUUCUCCAAGAACACAGCAUAUCCAACAACCUCGCAAGUGAUCUGCGCCCAGGCCCUGGCACCCUCUGCAGCCGCAGCACCCAGGCCCGCCCCCUACGAUGCUCCCCUGACCAAAGGAACUUGCGCUUUCCGAGAAAAGCCUAAGGCAAAGCAAAGUGACCCCCCCCCACUGUCUCAGGUCCCCACAUUUAAAACUAGAGAGGCUCCAACCGCAAAAGUUUUCCUUGAGUCCGAGUUGUGUGACACUGAAGUGCCAUUGGCAGAACAUGGCGAGUCCCGAGGAAGUCCUUCAUACUGGCAAUGACUUAAAGUCCUUACUCCUGGUCCUAAGAGGAAGAAGCCACCUUGGGGAGAUUUGAUAACAUUAGAAAAAUAAAACACUAUGAUAUGGAUUUUAUAAAUUGUGAUUUCUUCCUGCCCUAGCAUACCCUAUAUUGGCCCCGGUCCAUGGCUGCAGAAUUCCUACUUUUCUGAAAAGUUAAAAGGCUCCUUUAGGGGGGCUGGAGAGAUGGCUCAGUGGUUAAGAGCAUUGCCUGCCCUUCCAAAGGUCCUGAAUUCAAUUCCCAGCAACCACAUGGUGGCUCACAACCAUCUGUAACGGGGUCUGGUGCCCUCUUCUGGCCUACAGGCAUACACACAGACAGAACAUCGUAUACAUAAUAAAUAAAUAUUUUUUAAAAAAAAAGGCUCCUUUAGCCACACAUAGAACCUUCUGGAGUGCUGCUCACAGAGUACUCCUGGCUGUCCCGAUGCUCUGUGACCUGCAGCAUCUGCACCACCAGCCAUUCUGGAACUCUUCACCAGGCCUGUGCCGUUUCACUGAAGGAGGGGCGGGCUCCUAGAAUCUUAUAAUCAAUUUGGUAUCCCAGGAGUGGGCUUAACAGGGAGCAGGACAUACACCUGUUUGGUCAGUCUCUUCGUUCUUAAUUACUGAAGACCUCUUCAGUGCCAAGAACCAAGGCUCACUCUAGAGACCCAGGCUUGGGUGUAGAACUGCCGUGGAACCCACAGCCUUGCUCUGUCAUAUGGGACCAAAUACAGGAAAGGACCUUAGAGCAGGUAACACCAGGUCCCCUGUGCAGACUUCUCGCCUUCUGGUACCUAUCUCCUGAAGCGUCCAUAGUCCCUUUCAGUUCAGCAACCUGAGGGGCUGCCCGUGUUCCGUGUACUCUGAGCUGUCUCUGGUGUGCCUCUGUGGGCUCUAGGUCACUGAAUGUGGCAUGUUUCCCUAAAUAAAUUUAAUAAUCUUAAUGACAUUGAGAAUAUGUUGAUUUUAAUAAAGCUCCUGCAUUCUG